CCGACGGAGCCGACCCGGGGCGGGAGGCGGGAGAGCGAGGCCGGGACCCCACGCUCGCUCAGCGAGCUCCAAGAGCCAGAAUUCACAAUGACAACGGUAACAAGGACCACAGAAGUCCCCCCAAGGGGUAAAAGAGAAGAUAAUUCUGCCUUGUAUGAGUCCACAUCAGCUCACGUUAUUGAAGAAACUGAAUAUGUGAAAAAGAUCCGAGCUACUCUGGAAAAGAUCCGAAACCAAGUUUUUAAAGAUGAAGUAGGACAUAAGCGUACAAAUGACAAACUAGAAACAAAGCACUGUCAAAACAUUGAAAAUGGCUCUGAUUCUGAAAUGGACCCCUCUUGUGGCCAUUUAGAUCUGCUCAUGGAAAGGAUGAAAGGAAAGGAAGAGCAGCUCUUAGAAAUGAACAAAGAAAAUGACAUAUUGAAAAUCAAGCUGGAAGCCUCCAGACAAGCAGGAGCAGCAGCUCUGAGAAACAUGGCCCACAGGUUAUUUGAAAUCUACCAGACACAGUCUGAAGAAGUUAGAAAGAACCAUGAGGCUGGUAAACACUUACUGGAGGUUAACAAACUUGAAAAGGAACAGCAAUUGAAACAACAUGUUGAAAAUCUGAAUCAAGUUGCUGAAAAGCUUGAAGAAAAACAUAAGCAAAUCACAGAGCUGGAGAACCUUGUAGAGAGGAUGGAAAAGGAAAAGAAAACACUGCUAGAAAAAAAACUGUCUUUGGAAAACAAGCUGCUGCAACUGAAAUCCAAUGCUACGUAUGCUAAAAGUUGCCACAAUCUUCAAAUGGAGAUUUCCCUUCUCCAGGAGCAGAUCUUGCACCUGCAGUUCGUGAUUCAUUCCCAACAUCAGAACCUGCGUGGUGUCAUCCAGGAGAUGGAAGGAUUAAAAAAUAACUUAAAAGAACAAGAUAAGAGAAUUGAAAACCUGAAGGAAAAAGUUAACAUCCUUGAAGCCCAGAAUAAAGAACUAAAAACCAAAGUGGCACUUUGGUCUGAAACGCCUAGGACAACUGUAUCUAAGUCUGUCUCUACAAGGGAAUUGGAGACUGUCGACCGGACGCCCUAUGUGAUGUUGAUUAAGCUCCGGAAAUGAGCUGACUGGCUGAAGAUCUGAAUGAGAAAGAUUGCUGCGUGAAUCUUAUUUAUUCCUUGAAACAGAGCGUAAACUUUCAUGUUGAAAUGGCUCACUGCCAGCAUUCAGUGGAAUUUACUAUACAUCAACAGCUUUGCAGGAAGAUGACAUUCCAGAAAAUCAAAUGUAUAUUCAAGGGAAGGAACUCUUUCUUCAAAACUUACUAAAUGGGUGAAGACACCAGGGGCUUUCGAUGGAAGAGGAAUUUUGCUUUAAACUUAAAAAAAGAUCUGAAUCUUUCUUGCAGAUUUUUGCUGAAGGGAGUGGUUUAAGGUUGUCAACAAUGACUUUCUGAUAGUGGUUUUUAUGUAUAAAAAUGGAAGAAUAUAUGUGUGUCUGAGUAAAUGAUACAUUUUAAAGUUAGCCUUGGAUAAUAAAAUUUCUCAACAUGAAUUUAUAAAUUCAUCUCCUGACCCAGUGUUCAUGGGAGAGUUACUCUCUACUGCAUUAUGGACAGGAAAAGGAGUAGGUUCUUUUUAGCGAAUUCCCCAACCCACAUAACCCUCCAAAGCUGAGAAUCAUGGCAUCCCACCACACUUUAGAAAGCCAUUGUUCUUCAAUUGGGAUUGAAAAUUGGUUGCUGGAGACAACCCACAAAUAAGUACAAAGAAAUGGAGCUUGAGACUCUGGCUUUGUGACUAAUUUUCCUUUCAAGAUUCAUUAUAUUAUCUACGCAAGUAUUUGGAGGGAAGAAUAGAAACACAGUGCUGUCAGCUCAUACCUCCAUAAAAAUGUGUAUGUUCUGGGUUUAGAGUAAUAGUGGCUACUGUCUGCAGCCACGAAGAUGCUGAAUUCAUGAAUUGGAAUUAAAUGUCCAGUGCUUUUGUGAAAGUGCAUUUACAUUUUGAUACAGGCAUUCAUCACAGGUGAAGUUUGUGAUUGCUAUGAGGAAAACCAGACUCUGAUUUGCAGAAAUGCAAAAAUGCUGACACUCAGAAGAGAAAACCCUUGAACUAAAGGAAUAAUGGGCAGCCUUAGCCCCCACUGAAGGGUGAAUUACUUGUAAGGCUUUUGAUCAUCCUCUCAGACAUAUGACUGUAAACAUUUUCUCAGGAAAGAUGCUGGAAGUCUUUCAAUGUAGAAUGUGAAAUAGCAGUAUUAUCUAUGAAAUAGUUAAAAAUACAUACAAAUGAGAUAAAGUAAUGUAUUUAUAAAUUUAUCAAAGUACUGUAAUCCUUGAAAUGUUGCAUCACUAUGUGUAUGCAUUUCAUGCUUCACGUUUUUAUUGCUUCCUAGUUUUUCAAGUGUAGUUAUUGAAUAACAUUUAUGGCACAGUUCUUAUACCAGGAACAAUUCUAAGUACUUAACCUGUCUUAAUUACUUCAAUCUUCCCAACAGGCCUCAUAUUAU